GAUUUCGUAGUUUUUUUUUGCAAUUCUGUUCAUUCAAGAUACUCUGGCUUGCUUCUCUUCUCCCGUGUCCAAUACAGCUUCUUUGUUCCAGGUGUUUGAUACAUUGGUUGCAAUCAGUGCGCAAGUUGUGAAACGUAAACAAACCCUCGUCCUCUCUCCUUCCAGACGGAGUCCCGGCACCUGUAGUGGACCCCCAACUUCCCAGGAUCCCCAGGAGUCUUCUGGGCGUUUCAAGCAGCGUGACGUCGCUUCAACCUUCCACCAGCUCCGAUUUUACACCAUAUCCCGACUUUCUCAACUUUGAACCUCCAAAUCUCCGGUCCCGAAAUCUGAACAGGUCUGAAAACUCGAGGUCUCACUAAUUCACAAAUCAGCAACAAGAAAGGAAGCUUCAGCGCAGGCAUGACGACGCCUGUCGAACCUGCCACCCGCAAGAGGGUGUUGAAGGUCAUCUUCAUAUCUUUGUUACUUGACUUGAUAUCAUUUACCUUUAUCCUUCCAUUAUUCCCCAAACUCCUCGAAUUCUACCGCAACGUCGAAGCUCCCCUCGACCCUUCAGCCCCACCAUCCAAGACCCUUCUCUCCAGUGUCUUGGGCUACUUGAACGCUUACAAGGCGUCCUUUGCGCGACCAAUUGACUCGCGAUAUGACAUUGUUUUGCUCGGCGGCGCCUUGGGGAGUCUCUUUUCCCUCCUCCAAGCCAUCGCCUCCCCCAUAAUCGGCCACUUCUCCGAUCGCUAUGGCCGCCGCACCGCCCUCCUCCUCAGCAUGACGGGCAACAUUCUUUCGGUGCUCCUUUGGGUCAUGGCCACCGACUUCCGCACCUUCCUCGCCUCGCGCAUCGUCGGCGGUCUCUCCGAGGGCAACGUCCAGCUGGCCACGGCCAUCGCAACCGACAUCUCGGACCCUUCCAAGCGCGGCUCGACCAUGGCCCUCAUCGGCGCCUGCUUCUCCAUCGCCUUCACUUUCGGCCCUGCGCUUGGCGCCUGGCUGAGCUCCUUCAGCACCGUGGCCGCCAACCCCUUCGCGACAGCCGCCGGCGUCUCUCUGACUCUAAUCGUCGUCGAGACUCUAUACCUCUACUUCUGUCUGCCCGAGACGCUCCCCGCGCUGACUCAAAAGACUGAACCCACCGGUACUCAGGUCAGCAGCACCAAAUCCGAAGAGAAGAAACCAGCAACCACCCCAACCACCACCAAAUCUACCGCAGUCCAGCGCACAAACUCCCACUUCCUCCUCAACUUCACCCACUUCUCCUUCCUCCUCUUCUUCUCCGGCAUGGAAUUCUCCCUCCCCUUCAUGACCUACGACCUCUUUGCCUACGAUUCCGCCAAGAACGGCCGUCUCCUCGGUUUCGUCGGUCUCAUCGCCUCCCUCCUCCAAGGCGGCGUCACACGUCGCCUGCCCCCUCUGCUCUCUGUGAGGAUCGGCGUCAUCGCCUGUCUCUUGGCUUUCAUCAUGCUGGGCCGCAUCACGUCUGUCCUUGGCCUUUACGGCGCAGCUGCCCUGCUCGCUACCACCUCGGCGACGGUGGUCACGGGUCUGAAUGCCCUCAGCAGCUUUGAGUCGCACGAGGGCGAGCGCGGUGGAAAGCUGGGCAUGUUGAGGAGCUGGGGACAGCUGGGGAGGGGAUUGGGGCCGGUGUUGUUUACGAGUAUUUAUUGGUGGGCCGGGAGGGAGGUUGCCUAUGGAAUUGGCGCGUUGGGCAUGUCGUGGGUGGCGUUGUUGGUUAUGUAUGCACUUAAGACGCCGCCGGGGUCAGAGAGGGUGAGGAAGGAGAGUCACGUAGCGGAGAAGAAGGAGUUGUAGAUUCGAGUCUUUUUUUUUUUCUUUUUUUUCCCCUUAUAGUAUAGAGUUCGAAAAUGGAUGGGGGAGGGUCAAAAGGAUGCACAUAAAAUGUCCAGAAUUGGGAUACAUAAGUUUGGAUACUGUAUGAUUACUGAACAGCUUUGUGGUGUUGUAUCAAUGUUGAGCAUCGUCUAUGAAGCAUCACUUUCACUUUAUUCCUAAGACCUG